UGAGAGCCAUUCUGAAAUUUGAAGUGUUAAGAGAGAGAAAGAAAGAGAAGAGAGAGAAAGAGAGUAGCACAGAGAGUGAGAAAUGGAGACACCACCCUCAACCGGCGCCGUGAAGAAGAAGGAGACAAGAGGACGCAAACCUAAACCCAAGGAAGACAAGAGAGAAGAACCAUCACAAGUGAAGUCACCGAGAGAAUCGAAGAAGGAAAAGCAACAGCAACAGCUUCAUCAGCAGCAGCAACAACAAGCUUCUGUUGAUGAGAAGUACUCUCAAUGGAAAUCUCUUGUUCCUGUUCUUUAUGAUUGGCUUGCUAAUCAUAACCUCGUUUGGCCUUCUCUCUCUUGCCGGUGGGGUCCUCAGCUUGAACAGGCUACUUACAAGAAUCGUCAGAGGCUUUAUCUUUCGGAGCAGACUGAUGGAAGUGUUCCGAAUACUUUGGUGAUUGCGAAUUGUGAGGUUGUGAAGACUAGGGUUGCAGCUGCUGAACACAUUUCUCAGUUUAAUGAAGAGGCUCGCUCUCCAUUUGUCAAGAAGUACAAGACUAUCAUACAUCCAGGCGAGGUGAACAGAAUUAGGGAAUUGCCACAAAAUUCUAAGAUUGUGGCCACUCACACAGACAGCCCUGAUGUUCUCAUUUGGGAUGUUGAAAGUCAACCUAACCGUCAUGCUGUCCUUGGAGCUACAAACUCUCGUCCAGAUCUGAUAUUGACUGGACACCAAGAUAAUGCAGAGUUUGCUCUUGCAAUGUGCCCUACUCAGCCCUAUGUGCUUUCUGGAGGAAAAGACAAAACAGUCGUGUUGUGGAGUAUUGAAGACCAUAUAACAUCUGCUGCUACAGACUCCAACAAGUCUGGUGGAUCCAUUGCCAAAACUGCUGAUAGCCCUACUGUCGGACCAAGAGGUAUCUACUCUGGGCAUGAGGAUACUGUUGAAGACGUGGCUUUUUGCCCUUCUAGUGCGCAGGAGUUCUGUAGUGUUGGAGAUGAUUCUUGUCUCAUAUUAUGGGAUGCACGUGUUGGCUCUAGUCCUGUGGUUAAGGUUGAAAAAGCUCAUGAUGCUGAUCUUCACUGUGUUGACUGGAAUCCCCAUGAUGAUAAUCUGAUUCUUACUGGGUCGGCAGAUAAUUCUAUUCGCAUGUUUGAUCGUCGCAAUCUCACUUCUAAUGGGGUUGGGUCUCCUAUCCACAAAUUUGAGGCUCAUAAGGCUGCUGUCCUUUGUGUUCAGUGGUCUCCAGACAAAUCAUCUGUAUUUGGAAGUUCAGCAGAAGAUGGUCUCCUGAACAUUUGGGAUUAUGAGAAGGUUGGCAAGAAGAUAGAGCGAGCUGGAAAAACAAUAAAUUCUCCUCCAGGGUUGUUUUUCCAACAUGCUGGUCAUAGAGACAAAGUUGUUGACUUUCACUGGAAUGCACAUGAUCCAUGGACACUUGUUAGUGUGUCUGAUGAUUGCGAAAGUACUGGUGGAGGGGGAACAUUGCAGAUAUGGCGCAUGAGUGAUUUGCUCUACAGACCAGAGGAUGAGGUUUUGGCAGAGCUGGAGAAAUUCAAAUCUCAUGUGGUGGCUUGUGCAGCAAAGACCGACAAAUAAUUUACUUCUUAGACAAUGAAUUGUUGUAAUUUUCAGUUUUAUUUCAGUCAAACUUAGCUCAAUAGCCAUUUUAGUGAACAUAAUGGCAUGUUUGAUAGCUACAUGUAAUUCUUAGCUCAUGUGAAUCCAUUCUCACCGGACAGAACAUGAUGUAGGGUGGAGAUUGGAGAAUGCUUAGGCUCAUUAAACCCAAGAAAUGCUUUCUACCGCAAACAAAUGAGAUUAACUUAUUUUUCGUCUAAAA